ACAAGCCAUGGCGCAACGUUCUAUUUGCGCCUUCUCUUUGAUAAUUCUUUUACAUAAUUCUUCUUAGCUUUCUGGUUCUUGUUCUUGAUCCUGAUAUUGUUUAUAUCAGAAGAAUUUAAUUUAUAGGCUGAAGGAAAAUCUGUAAAGAAAGUUGUAUAUGACUAGGCAAAUUGUGCUCCGUCCGGAGACGCCUUCUGUGGAUCGCUGGCAGCUUUUGCAGGAGAACCAAGAUUAUUCCUCCUCCAAAGGUGGAUGCCGGAAGUCGGCUUGGCGGAGGUUGCAGGCGGGACGGUGGCGGAAUGCGCAGCGGUGUGCUGUUGCUGUCCAUGUGGGCUGGCAAAUCUACUGGUGCUCGCCAUUUACAAACUUCCAGCAGGGCUAUGCCGCAAGGCUUUACGGCGGAAGCGCCGUCGUAGGAUGAUCAAGAAUGGGUUGCUGCCGCCGCGAAAGUACAGUUGUGAUGAUAAGGAGCUUCAAAUACUCGCCAUGUCCGGCCCGGUGGCGAUGACGAAUGCACUGGAAUUGAACGAGGAUGCUGCUGAAUUAGAGAAGGAAAUGUGGGAGAAAUUUUAUGGUGCCGGUUUCUGGAGAAGUUCAUCUCAAAGAAGUGAAACGUAAAACAGUAAAUCAAUCCUGCCAAAAAAAAAAUAAUAAAAAUAAA